AUGGGAAAAGGAAGGAUGGGAUCCACCAUGUUGCUUCACCUAGUGCCAAUGGACCUCCACCGCCAAUUACCUAUCAGUAGCUUGAAGGGGAUCAAACUUGAGAGAUGUAAGGGGGAGCUUGAGACAAGGAAACUCUUCAGCUCACUUCAGAUUGCUGGCAUUCCAAUACUUAUGCUAGGGCUUGUUGUUGAAUUUCUGGAUCUUCUUUGA